GCUUCUUCUCCGUCCAUCCCCGUUCCUUUUCAUCAUGGCGCACGUGGUCUCGCAAGAUCCGGGUGCCCGCGAGCACGAUCUCGGCUUCGGCGUCAAGGGCGACGUCAAGGAUGGCUAUGCCACCCGUCCCUCCCGCUCCGACGAUGGCAGCGCCGACAACAUGCUCGAGCAGCUGGGCUACAAGCCCGAGCUCGAGCGCACCCGUUCGACGUUGCAGGUCGCCUUCAUGUCCUUCGUCCUCGCCUCCAUUCCCUACGGUCUUGCCACGACGAUGCUCUACCCCUUGGCUGGCGGUGGUCCCGUGAACAUCAUCUGGGGAUGGCUUGGAGUGUCUCUGAUCAUCAUCUGUGUCGCUGCCUCGCUCGGUGAAAUCACCAGUGUCUACCCUACUGCUGGAGGUGUCUACUACCAAGCCUUCAUGCUUGCGACUCCCAAGUACCGCCGUGUGGCCAGUUGGAUCUGCGGCUGGCUUUACGUGGUGGGCAACAUCACCAUCACCCUGGCCGUGAACUUUGGAACUGCCCUCUUCUUCGUCGCGUGCAUCAACGUUUUCGAGUCGGAGCCCGGUGUCGGCGUCCUCGCCGGCGAGCCGUACCAGGUGUUCCUAAUCUUCCUGGGCCUCACUUUCCUCUGCAACGCCGUUUCAUCGCUCGGCAACAAGUGGCUUCCUUUGCUUGAUACCGCCGCCAUCUUCUGGACCUUUGCUGGCGUACUGGCCAUUGUCAUCUCUGUCCUCGUCGUUGCCAAGAACGGCCGCCACGAUGCCGCCUACGUCUUCACACACUUCGAAGCCAACUCGGGAUGGACCGAUGGAUGGUCUUUUAUGGUCGGUCUGCUCCACGCCGGAUAUGCCACGUCGUCGACGGGCAUGGUCAUCUCCAUGUGCGAAGAAGUCAAGAAGCCCGCUACCCAGGUCCCCAAGGCGCUCGUCCUGACCGUGUGCCUCAACACCUUGGCCGGUCUGCUCUUCCUCAUCCCCCUCGUCUUCGUCCUCCCGGACAUCACCUACCUCAUCAACCUGGCCAACGGCCAGCCCGUACCGGCCAUUAUCAAGGACGCCAUGGGCACCUCGGGCGGCGCCUUUGGCCUUCUCGUCCCUCUCAUGGUUCUCGCCAUCCUCUGCGGUAUCGGUUGCACCACGGCUGCGUCCCGGUGCACGUGGGCCUUUGCCCGUGACGGCGCCAUUCCCGGAUCGCGUUGGUGGAAGGAGGUCAACCCCAAGCUGGAUGUGCCUAUGAACGCCAUGAUGCUCAGCAUGGUGGUCCAGAUCGUCCUCGGCCUCAUCUACUUUGGCUCCAGCGCCGCCUUUAACGCCUUUUCGGGCGUCGGUGUCAUCUCCCUGACGGCCUCGUACGCCAUCCCCAUCGCCAUCAGCCUGUUUGGCGGCCGCACCCACCUUGUCGGAAGCCCCUUCAACCUCGGCAAGUUUGGUGUUUUCGCCAACGUUGUUGCUCUCGCCUGGUCCGCCCUCGCGAUGCCUCUGUUCUGCAUGCCCACGUUCGUUCCCGCCACCCCCGCGACCAUCAACUACGCACCCGCCGUCUUUGUCGCCGCCUGUCUUAUUUCCGGUGGCUGGUACUUUGCCUGGGGCAAGAAGAACUACGCCGGCCCCCCGACCCAAGAGGAUCCUGCCUUUUAAGCCCUCUUCGCUCUCUGUAAAGACGAAUAGACGCUCGACGAAGCCUGCCACGAGGCUGCUCAACGGCUGAGAUACCGUUGAAAUGGUUAGCUCCUUCGGGUCUGGCACAGCUCCGGAGCACUACCACAAACUACUCUACAUACACGUACACGUACACGGACGCGGCUGCAUGGUACCUCCUUCACACUUGGAAACAGUGACACAGGAGUAGACCUCGUCAGUUGUCUAUUUUGCAAGACGGCGCUCGCGGACCAAGGGGCGCAUCGGGCAAAGGAGUCCAAAAGGAGGAGAGAGUGGAAGACGGUUCUGUAUAUAGGAAUGAUACCCCAGUGCUUCAAGCUGAAAUUCAAUUAUUUAAACAAG